CCCUAGCUCAGUGCAUCAAUGGGGGCUCCGGGGCUGGAGACCUGUGCUGGUGGACCUAACAGGAAGGGUUGCCUUUUGCUGGCCUCAGUAGGAGCUGCAGUAUUGGGGACUCUGUUGCUGUCUGUACCCCUCACUGUCCUGACCGUGCUGGCCCUGAUGCCCCAAGAAGAGGGGGGACAGGUAGCUGACGCCUCUGGUCCAGGAGGACAAUUGCUGCAGCAACUGGGAUUGCAUAAGCUGCCGUUGGAGUCCAGAUCGGAUUUCAGUCCUAUCCCCCCAGCUGCACACCUCAUAGGUAUCUCAACACCAGGUCACGGGCUGCGCUGGGUGUCAGGACACGAGGAGGCAUUUCUGAAGAGUGGAACACAAUUCUUGGGAGAUGAAGGGCUGCUGGCUCUUCCCCAGGAUGGAAUUUAUUUUCUGUAUUGUCACAUUGGUUAUAGGGGCCGAGCUCCCUCUGGUGGAGAGCAGUUCCGCUCUCAUCAGGCUGUGGACCCUGGAGUCCCUGUCACCCUUAGCAGUCAGCUAUUUCGGGCUAGGGGGGCCUCUGGGUCAGGGGAGCCAGAACUGCUGCUCCAGGGGUUUGAGACAGUGACCCCUCCUGCUGGGCAGGGCACUUUGUGGUAUGCCACUGUUGGGUUUGGAGGGUUAGUUCAGCUUCGAGGGGGUGAGAGGAUCUAUGUUAAUGUCAGUCACCUUGACCUGGUGGACUUCAGGAGGGGGAAGACAUUCUUCGGGGCUGUAAUGGUGGGAUGAGGGACAGCCAGAUCCUAUGGCAAAUGUUCAUUGGCGGGGGUAUCAGUGACUUGGGGGGAGGGGGGUUGUGCAGGUAAAGAGUCACUAGGUACUUACCCCUAGGGUCAGUGAAGAUUAAAUGGCUAGAUGGGUAAGGUCCUAGAGGUAAGAGCUGGAGGGAAGGAGGGAGAGAUGAGAUCGUAAUUGGAUUAGAGUUUCUUGAACAAGGAACCCAAGAGUAUCUUGUAAGUUUUGCCCUGACAAUAAAGAUGACUGUUGCCUCCUUUGCCCUA